GUCGGGUCGGAGCAGAACGGGGUCUCACGCAGAGCUGAGGUACUUUGGUUCAGUCUGUGGCAGAGUCGAGACACUCAGUUGCCGGACACCAUCAACGGAAAACAAUCAGCGUUCAACUGUGCAAGAGUGAGGGCUUUGCGAAUAAAUACAUUAUUAUGGUAGAUGGCAUUGUCUGAGACAGCCGGAAGGGAUUCUUCAGCCCAUUUCUCAAGCUGAAUCCAAAUGACACUUCCUCCACCCAAAAGUCCCCCGAUGACCACAGAACUCCACUUAUAUUCGGAGGAUGCUGCACAAUGUGUGACACGGUCGUCCGACUGCAAUUGAUUGGUGCAAGAAACGUCCUUCCCUCAACCAGAGCAUGACACUCUCGGCAGUGGACAGUUGGAAAAGGGUUUCGGAAAUGAACCCCUGUGGACAGCCACAAGACUGGGUCAGUGGCAGGAGCACGGCUAGGUAAAGAACCAGAGGUCUUCGUGUGAGGAGAGAAAGCAUACAACUAAAAAAAGUGGGGGGCAAACGAUCGCAUCAGCAAAGACAUACAACCUCAAAUCAUGGGGAUACAGCAUCUUCUGCUUCUUUUGAUUUACUUGGACCCGCUGAAUGUACUGUGUGCGGCUACAGCCAACAAGAAGAAAAACGCUCCAAAGCGGAAUCAGAAGAUGAAGGAGGUGAACGGCACGGAGGCGCCUACUGCGGUUCCGCGGCGAAACACUCAGGUCCAGGCACCUUCGAUCGCUACCCAUGACACGUGCCUGGGCUACUACGACGUGAGCGGAGCGUACGAUAAAGUGUUCGAGUGCAACAACACCGAGCACCGCUACUGUUGUGGAAGUUGUUUCCUGCGCUAUUGCUGUGCAGAAAAAGGGAAACGCAUAGAACAGAAAACUUGCACAAAUUAUAACACCCCAGAUUGGAUCAAAACGCAGCCUCCCUCCCCGGCACCAACAGGUGACACUUACGACCCUGACUUGGAUCAGACUAACACAACGGUAUACAUCACCUGUGGUGUCAUAGCUUUUAUCAUCCUCAUCGGAGUUUCUGCAAAAGUUGCCUACGACAAAGCAACCAAGCCCCCUCAGGAAAUGAAUGUCCAUAGAGCCCUUGCAGACAUUUUGAGGCAACAAGGACUAAAUAAGGAGAAUGAAAAUAUUGCAGCAUUGGAGGGUUCACCCAAAGACAUGGACACACCUCUCCGAACAUCCAAGAACCAUUACACCCCAGUUCACACCAUGCUAGCAAACCACGGGCACUACGGGAAAGAGAACUUCCGCCAAGGCCAACUUGAUCAUAACUUCAUCUCCUCUGGAUUCGUGACACUGGGACGACCGCACCUAAAAGCGCAGCACUCUGUAGACGAUUUAGGGCAACUGUCCUGGCAGGGAGAUCUGGACGUUCCUAAUAUCUCCUACAGCAGCCACCAACAUGAUUAUCAACAUAGUCACCUGGAUCUUACCCAGGCCCACACACCUAAAAUUGCACACAGACAAAUGAGACAUGAGAAGCCCCAGCGUAUGAACAACAUCCUAACCUCGCAAACAGAGCCAUACGACCUGGACAUGUCCUUCUCACGCUCCUUCCAGAAUCUCACCCACCUGCCUCCCAACUACGAACUGGCGGCAAUGAGCAAAGCUGACUUAAGUAAAUACUCCUCUCUCCACAAAUUAAGUGAUAAGGACAUAGAUGAGUACUACAUGCGGAAGCGACACCAAGACUUGGCAGGUCGGCAGAUUCUGCAGCCGCCCCACAUGGUGAAGCUGAACACAGAGCCCCACCAGCAGCACCGUCAGCGGCCUCACCGUGUCCAGAGGGCCAUGUCCCAGGACCAUGUGCUGUCCCCAGAGAGGACCCCACGCCAUGGCUACGGCCUCUCAGCCUACAACAUGGGUGUCUCUUCCUACGGCAGCCGCAUUCUCUCAGAGGAGCAGCUGCUCUCCGCAGACCGCCUCCAGUCCCAGGACCCCCUGCUCUCGCCGGACAAGAUGCUGUCGCUGCGGCGCUCCAACUUCCGGGAGAAGGCCAUGUCGCGGGCCAUGUCCCAUGUAGACAUUAACUUUGUGCCCACCACACCCGUCAUAGACCGCAGUGAGCGCUACGCUAAGAUGCAAAAGAUGCACUCCCAUCCCACUACCAUCAACGACUCAUACAACACGCUCACCGUCAACCACCCGACCACCAACAAGAGGCAGCAGUUUGCCUCACGACGGACACACACGGUGGACCAUCUACAGUACAUCCCAGGCCACCAGCACAACAACCAGUACCGCACGGCCAGUAAGAACGAGGUAACUGUUUAACGAGAGGGUGGC